CUCCUUCAUAUUCAUUUCGAGAGGAAGAAUCGCUGCUGUGAGCAACAGAGAAAGCGCAAGACAAACACGCACAUUCGCAGCAGUUUACUUCGGUGUGACUCGUAAAUCUCCGUUCGCCGCGAGACACCCGCGCGAGUUUACGAAUGAAAAAAUUCCCAAACAGCAAAGACGUGGAAGUUUUCUCAGGUCCCUCUACGCACCUGGACCAAAAGCUUUUGUGUGGUUCAGCUGGUUUAAACGUGACUCUUUUUUUCCUCGCUACUUUUGCAUCAACUUCAGCGUGGGACAUUUUCUACGGAGAACGCUUGUUUUGGAGUAAUGUUUUACAAACCUAAAUAACUCCCACAAGAAGUGCACUUCAACACAACCCAGUGCUCACAGUAACAUCCAGAGGUAGCUCUAUGCUUCCGGUGUUGAGGGGCCAGUGCUGCCCACAGUUGUGUGAAUGAGCUGACUCGGCCCACCCUCCUCGCCCAGCUGCCGUGGCAUGACUUCUCUCAGGAUGAUGAAGUCAUGGCGUUUGCUUCUCCUGUGGGUUAUUCUAGCUCAGCUCCCCUUGGCCCACUCACGUCCCGCAGUAACCGAACAAGGUCAUGCAGUAGCGUCUUCCGAGGAUGAGGAUGACGAUGAGUCAUCAUCAGAAGAGAACAAACCAUCAAGUAGCCAGGAGCUCUUACCGAUGGCACCUCAUUGGGCCCAACCUGAAAAGAUGGAAAAAAAGCUUCAUGCCGUACCGGCCAGCAAAACGGUGAAAUUCCGAUGUCAGGCCGAGGGAAACCCGACUCCGAAACUACGCUGGCUCAAGAAUGGAAAAGAGUUCAAAAGAGACCAGCGCAUCGGGGGCUAUAAGCUGCGGGAACACAUGUGGACCAUAAUCAUGGAGUCCGUGGUGCCCUCAGACAAGGGCAACUACACAUGUCUGGUGGAGAACGAAUAUGGAAGCAUCAAUCACACCUAUCAGCUGGAUGUAGUGGAGCGAUCGCCUCACAGGCCCAUCCUGUACGCUGGUCUCCCUGCAAAUCGAACAGCUGUGGUCGGCAGUGACGUAGAGUUUGUUUGCAAGGUCUUCAGCGAUCCCCAGCCUCACAUUCAGUGGCUCAAACACAUACAUGUGAAUGGAAGCAAACUGGGACCUGACGGACUACCUUACGUACGCGUCCUAAAGCACUCGGGGGUCAAUAGCUCGGACACCCAGGUGCUGACGCUCUACAAUAUCACAGAAGAAGAGGGCGGUGAAUAUAUAUGCAAAGUGUCCAAUUAUAUAGGAGAAGCCAAUCAGUCAGCCUGGUUAACUGUCCUUAGACAUGACAUGCAAGCCCCAACCGCUCCCUCUGCAGUCCCCAGUCAGUCCUACCUGGAGGUGCUGAUCUACUGCGUUGGAUUCUUCCUCAUCUUCCUCAUGGUAGGAAUCGCCACCAUCAUCAAAGUCCGCAGCUCGUCCAAGAAGAGCGACUUCAACAGCCAGCUGGCUGUCCAUAAGCUGGCCAAAAGCAUUCCUCUCCGCAGACAGGUGUCGGUGGAAUCCAGUUCCUCUCUGAACUCUGGCGUGAUGUUGGUCCGACCUUCACGACUCUCCUCCAUGCUGUCAGGGGUGUCUGAGUACGAGCUGCCCCAGGACCCAUGCUGGGAAGUGCCCCGAGAGAGGCUGGUACUUGGGAAACCUCUGGGCGAGGGCUGCUUUGGUCAGGUGGUGAUGGGCGAAGCCACUGGACUGCACAAAGACAAGCCCAACCGCAUAACUAAAGUUGCUGUGAAAAUGCUGAAAUCUGACGCCACUGAGAAGGAUCUGUCUGACCUCAUCUCAGAGAUGGAGAUGAUGAAGAUGAUUGGAAAACACAAGAACAUCAUCAACCUGCUCGGAGCUUGUACCCAGAAUGGCCCUCUUUAUGUCAUCGUGGAAUACGCCUCUAAAGGAAACCUGCGGGAAUAUCUGCGUGCCCGCCGGCCGCAUGGCAUGGAGUACUGUUACAAUCCUGACCAGGUGCCUGUGGAGAGCAUGUCCAUCAAAGACUUGGUCUCCUGUGCUUACCAAGUGGCUCGUGGCAUGGAGUACCUGGCAUCCAAAAAGUGUAUCCACAGAGACUUGGCAGCACGCAAUGUACUUGUAACAGAGGACAAUGUAAUGAAGAUAGCAGACUUCGGUCUGGCCCGGGAUGUUCAUCACAUAGAUUACUACAAGAAGACUACAAAUGGCCGGCUGCCUGUCAAAUGGAUGGCACCUGAGGCUUUGUUUGACAGGAUUUACACGCAUCAAAGUGACGUGUGGUCUUUUGGUGUUCUUCUGUGGGAGAUCUUCACUCUGGGGGGCUCGCCUUAUCCAGGAGUGCCCGUGGAAGAGCUCUUCAAGCUACUGCGAGAAGGUCAUCGCAUGGACAGACCCUCAGCCUGCACUCAGGAGAUAUACCUGAUGAUGAAAGACUGCUGGCAUGCAGUUCCCACACAGAGGCCAACUUUUAAACAGCUGGUAGAAGACCUUGAUCGCACCCUGUCCAUGAUAUCCAAUCAGGAGUAUCUGGACCUCUCCGUUCCCCUGGAGCCCAUGUACUCUCAGGUCAUCCUGAAUGAAAGGAGUUCCACCUGCUCCUCCGAGCCGGACUCAGUCUUUUUAAGAGAGUCUGGACCCGAAGAACCCUGCAUCCCUCCGACAGUGCCUCCACAACAAACCAUAAAAUCCUUCAAAAAACGCUGACAGUAGAGAAGACCUGGACCUCCAUGUUCACAGAGGAUCUCUCUACAUCUUUCUGCUUCCUCUGACUCGUAAACUCUGCAGGCUCAGAGACUGAGGUCAGCCUGGGCCGUUCUAGCACAGAAACGCACGCAGGAGGAAACGUUUCAUACCAGCACUCUCAAAAACAAGACUGAUCACAACAGAGAGUCUCACGUGGGGAACUAUCAAACUUUCUGUCCUUCGAUUGUCCUUCAGUGGGUUCAAUCCUCACAAAUAAGAUGUUUGAAAAGCAUCACAGAAGGAUGAAAUGGUUGUCGACCCCAACAAAGUCAAUGGGGUGGAGAAAUAAUUUCAAGUGUUACCCAGUAGAGUAUGUUGGCUUUGUAAAUGUGGUUAAAUUGUACAAAUAUGAAAUUAUAUAAACACAAUGGUUUUAUAUUACUAUUAUAAUUAUUAUUAUUUUGUAUGAACUUAAUUCAUGAACUUAAGAACAUGAUCCGCAGCACAGUGUUCUAAACAGUCACAACAGUUGUCACAACUUCUACAGUCUGCAGUGUUGGCUUGACCAAUAGCUUGAAUUUGGGGUGGGGCUAUCUGUUUGUUUGACCAAUGGCGGAUGGAGUAAUUGUUUAGGAAACCUGUUUGAAAACAGUAAUUUUUUGCUGUUUGUCAAUGCUAGUCGUGCAGAAAUUACACACUUCACCUUUAAACGUCAAAUAUGUUCUGGCUGGUUGUGAUUGUGUUGCAUUUUCUCUUUCACUGUGGAAAAAUGAAUAACUUAUGGUUAAAAUUUUCAUCUCGUGCCUGUAUAGAAGAUGGUGUCACACAGAUUAAUGGGAGACUUUCUAUACGUUAAAAUAAGCUACAAAUGAAAUCUGUUACUCAUUGCUUGCUGUUACGAUUGUAAGGUACGAUUACCGUUUGAUUGGUGUCCUGAAAGACUAAAUUCAAGUGUGAAUGAAUGUUUAGUAACUCUUAAUAUGAAACCGCUGGAAUAUGUAUGUCUGUUUAGCAUUAGCAUGGUGGUUGACAAUCUGUUAGCACCAGUUUCAGAGCAUAGCAUGUCUGUAGCUUCUUCAUAAUUUGAAGCUAGACUCUCAAACGACAGGGCUUAUAUGACAGGAUUGGCAACUUGUGAGGAACAGUGUACAUUUUGUUCUCAAAUAGAGUUUUGAUUCUUGUGUGAUUGUUUAUGGUAUGUCCUGAUGUGAAUUUCGAGGCAGUGGCCAUGCACUUAUAUUCAGGCUUUCACUGCUUUUCCUGUGGGAAUAUAAAUAAAAA